GAAAAACAAUUGAAUAAUUAAAAUUAUAUUUUUUUUAAUCUAUCGGCAUCUUACAUCCUCAACAGGCAUUUAUUGUCUCAAAGACACCACAGCCAUAAAGAAUCAAAUAUUUUUAUUGAUGAAAAUAAAUUAAUUUAAACAAACUUCACCAAUUAGUCAUGCGUGGUGAAAAAUACUUCAGUUUAUUACAAUAGAAACUGGAGCAAGAAAUAGCACCAAUUAGUGUCUUAUCAGCUAAUUUUUGACAAAAUUUGCCAAAACAGUUGCGUUUUUGGUCAGAAAUUGUUCUGGUGAUUUAGUAUUUUCGAACUAAAUUUUUCGGCCAAAAUCAAAUUUUUGGGUAAUGUUUGUCAAUAUUUGCCAAAAUAAUUAAAUCAAAAACGCAAUAAAUGUUCGGCUUUUAUUAAAAAAUAGUGUUUGAUUAAAUCAUUUUCCUAUUACGACGAGUCUUCUUGGAACACGUACGUAACCGUUGCCAUUUCGUUAGAUUAAAUGUUUUCCAUUGCUUCUUUAUCAACUGAAGCGUAAUGCAAGAUAUUAGUGUCAUUUUUUAUUCGAUUAUUGAGCGUACACCUGGAAGGAAGCAAAAUGGGGGCAACGUAUUCCAAGUAUGAUGAAGAGGCUGAAGAAGACUCUGAAUUCAUUCGCCUCCGUCUGUUGCUAGUUUUGCACGAGCAAGGCGCAGCUGAGCUUCUUAAGUUUGCGGUUAAAGAUCGCACGCAUUACGAAGUUUGCAAAAACGAUGACGAAUUGAGAAAAGCCUGCAUCGUCGCUGCUUCGAAAAAUAAGCAAGAAGUUGAGAACAAUACGCCCCAUUACGUGUUCCUUUUGGACGAGUUUACGGAAACUCAAAAUGCCAAUGAAGAGCAAAAACAAGUCGAAGAGGCUCGUUCUGAGCAAAAUUCAAACGUCCGUCGACGUAAAAACCCAACUCAGAACGAAAUCUAAGAAGGGCAAUGAGAGAUUAAUAUUUAAAAUUGAGUUAAACAGUAUCAUUUAAUAAAAACUUAAAUUUA